AUGUCUGCGUCUCCCGCUACUUUCUACGAGCAGCUUCCGCUGCCAACCAUCGACAGGCCUUUUGGCGUUCACCUGUGGCCCAUCUUUGACAAGGCAUUCACUGCUGUUGUCGGCUACUCCGCCAAUGACUUCAAGUUUGUGCCUUUCGAGACCCCCAUGUCCACUCUGAAGUCGACAUCGAUCUUUAUCGUUAUUUACUAUGCCAUCAUCUUCGGUGGCCGUGAAUGGAUGCGUAACCGUGAACCCUUCAAGCUCAAGGGUCUCUUCCUCAUCCACAACCUCUACUUGACCCUGAUCAGCGGUACUCUCUUGGCUCUCUUCGUUGAGCAGCUUCUUCCUACCGUUGUCCGUGGUGGCAUCUUCCAUGCUAUCUGCGAUGCCGAGGGCGGCUGGACCCAGCCCCUUGUGGUCCUGUACUACCUCAACUACCUCACCAAGUACCUUGAGCUCCUUGAUACCGUCUUCCUUUUCCUCAAGAAGAAGCCUCUGACCUUCCUUCACUGCUAUCACCAUGGUGCCACCGCCUUCCUCUGCUACACUCAGCUCAUCGGUUCCACCUCCGUCUCUUGGGUCCCUAUCGUCUUGAACCUGCUCGUUCACGUCGUCAUGUACUGGUACUACUUCCAGAGCGCUCGUGGUGUCCGUGUUUGGUGGAAGGAGUGGGUUACCCGUCUCCAGAUCAUCCAGUUCGUCAUUGAUCUCGGCUUCAUCUACUUCGCCUCCUACACCUACUUCACCUCGACCUACUUCCCCUGGAUGCCUAACGCUGGAAAGUGCUCUGGCGAGGAGUUUGCUGCCUUCUCUGGUAUCAUCACCAUCAGCUCUUACCUCGUUCUGUUCAUCUCCUUCUACUUCGCCACCUACAAGAAGCAGGGCAAGGCUCCUACCGGCCGACAGAGUCUCCGACGCAUGUCCCAGGCUCCUCUCCCCGACCCUCACCUGGUCCAGACUACUCCUGUCAAGAAGUCCAAUGGUGCCACCGCCACUGGCUCCAAGACCAACGGCUCAGUUCGAUCCCGCAAGGCCUAA